UUAUUUUUUUUCAGAGCUGGCUUUGUUUCGUAGGUUUUGCAAGCAAGCCAAAAUGUCGUCGUUACCUCGUGUUUUCUUCGACAUUAAUGCAGGCGGGGAGAAGCUGGGUCGCAUCGUAAUGGAGCUGCGAUCGGACGUCGUUCCAAAGACCGCCGAGAACUUUCGUGCUUUGUGCACCGGAGAGAAGGGCUACGGCUACAAGGGCUCUCCAUUCCAUCGGGUUAUACCAAAUUUCAUGUGUCAAGGCGGAGACUUUACCAAUCAGAAUGGCACUGGAGGACGCUCCAUCUACGGCCACAAAUUCCCGGAUGAAAACUUUGAGCUGAAGCACUCGGGUCCCGGCACAUUAUCAAUGGCCAAUGCCGGACCCAAUACAAAUGGCUCGCAGUUCUUUAUUUGCACUGAGAAAACCACCUGGUUGGAUAACAAACAUGUUGUCUUUGGCAAAGUUGUUGAGGGCAUGGAUGUCAUUCGUAAGGUUGAAUCGUUGGGCUCGAACUCUGGCGCCACAACCAAGAAAGUGUUAAUUGAAGACUGUGGCAGCUUAUAAAGUCACUCAAGUGAUUUCAAUGUUUUUCCAGUACAUAGAUUAGUAGAUGCAGCUGCAGUUCAAUGUCAUUGAUUUUAAGGCUAGAAAUAAACGCUAUUGCUCGUGGGUGUUACAAGUAAA